AUGGCAAAGAGGAAAUCCAGUGACGAGAUUGGUGCGUUGGGAUCUAUUUUGAGAGAGGCUCUAGCGGAAUAUUUAGGUACAGCAGUUUUAAUGGUGUUUGGUAUCGGUUCAGUGGCACAGUUUGUUCUCAGUGAAGGCAAAACUGGCAGCACUGAUCAAGUGAGAUGGUCCUGGGGAUUCGGAGUAGCAUUUGGUGUCUAUGUGUCUGGCGGAGUAUCAGGAGGCCAUCUCAACCCAGCGGUGACUAUGGCGCUAUGCCUGUUCAAGCGAGUCUCGUGGACAAAGCUUUUACCAUACUGGAUUGGACAAUAUCUGGGCUCAUUCACAGCCUCCUGCAUUGUCUUUGGUGUUUACUACGAUGCCCUUAGUACAUACAAAAGCGGCAACCGCAGCCUGGAGACCGCUGGUAUAUUUGCCACAUAUCCACAGCCUUAUCUUUCUACGGUCAAUGGAUUAGCAGACCAGAUAUUUGCUACAGCCGUACUAAUGCUAGUAAUAAUGGCGCUGAAUGAUCCGAACAACAUGGCACCCUCCAAAGGAUAUGUACCCCUGCUGGUGGGUCUGCUGGUAGUCACUAUAGGGAUGACUUUCUCUCACAACUGUGGCUACCCAAUCAAUCCUGCACGAGAUUUGGCACCAAGAGUGUUCACAUUCGCAGCCGGCUGGGGUAUACAAGUGUUCAGCCACAAUAACUACGGUUAUUUCUGGAUCCCUAUUGCUGGACCGCACAUAGGCGCCGUGCUCGGCGGUUUCAUCUAUGAAGUCUUCAUCAACACAACUCUACCAUGUACCAACAUUCGUUCUUCCUCUCCGCGUCCACAGAACCCAACCAUUCAGGCCACAGAACUCCAAAACAUGGCGACCACUAAGGAAUUGUCCCAGCACAGUUUUGAACGUAAUGGUUCAGAUUUUGGAAACAGAUCAGCGCAACCGCCCCCUUCUGUUAGAGAUGAGUAG